AUGACUCUGAAGGUGACUACCAGCGAGCUAGGAGCAGCUACGGCCCCGCUGGCAAAGACUGCCAAGCAUCAAAAGGUGCACAAGACCGUUGGUGAUAUCUACUGUUGCCUUCAAAGUCUCCGCCAGGAGGGUGUUAUGUCCAAGUCUGACGCCCAGGCGCACUACGAGAAGAUUGUACGGACCCUCGACCAGAACGGUUUUCACAUCGCCACCCCCCACGCUGCCGAGGAUGUCGACGGGUUGGUUUUGCAGCUUGAGGAGAGGGAGAUGGAGGGAAGCAGCUUCACCCGCCCGAUGCUCAGUUUACCCAAGCGAGGCUCACCAGUCUCGGCUGAUUACUCUGGCCGCAACGGCUAUUCCAAGCCCCUCAACUAG